AUGGCUACCAUCAGAGAAGAGUCCGACUACGACAGCAGCCGGUCCUCGCUCACGGCACCAGGCUCCCGCCGGAGCUGGAUCAGUGACAUUGGCAGCUCCAGCUCGGUCUCAGUGCGCUCCUUCGGCCGAGGCUGGGAUACACCAGCCGCGUCAUGCCGCCACAAGCCUCACAAGGCGAACCAAGCCGAGUGGGAGGCCAUCAGGCGCGUCCGUGCUACCGCAGGCCGCGUCGGUCUGGAGCACUUCCGCCUGGUGCGGCGUCUGGGCAGCGGCGACCUGGGGAACGUCUACCUCUGCCAGCUGCGCGAGCCGUGGUCGACGGGGUGCCUGUAUGCCAUGAAGGUGGUGGACAAAGACGCGCUGGCGUUCCGCAAGAAGCUUCGGCGAGCGGAGGUGGAGCGUGAGAUCCUUCGCACGCUCGACCACCCCUUCCUGCCGACAUUGUACGCCGACUUCGAGGCGUCGCACUACGCCUGCCUCGUCAUGGAGUUCUGCCCCGGCGGGGACUUGCAUGUUGCCCGGCAGCGGCAGCCCGGCAGUCGAUUCAGCAUCUCCUCGGCGAGGUUCUAUGUGGCUGAGACGGUGCUAGCCCUGGAGUACCUGCACAUGAUGGGGGUGGUGUACAGGGACCUGAAGCCGGAGAACGUCCUGGUGCGCGGCGACGGCCACAUCAUGCUCUCGGACUUCGACCUCUCCCUCAAGUGCGACGUCGUCCCGAGGCUGCUCCGGCACAACAGCCUCCUCCACAAUGUCAGCGCUGCAGGUGGCAGGCGAGCAGACGCCGGGAAGCCGUCCUGCGUGCCACCGAUCCAGCCGGUGCUGUCGUGCCUGUUCAACGGCGUGCACAAGUGCCAAGCAAAGGAGGGCGCGCCGGCAAAGCCCGGCCACGAUGGCCGCGAGGCGGACAGCACCGACGACAGGAUGUCGGAGCCCGGUGACAGCAACCCGGAGCUGGUGGUGGAGCCCGUGUCGGCGCGGUCCAAGUCGUUCGUGGGCACUCACGAGUACCUGGCGCCGGAGGUGAUCUCCGGGCAGGGCCACGGCAGCGCCGUCGACUGGUGGACCCUGGGGGUGUUCAUGUACGAGAUGAUAUACGGGCGGACGCCGUUCAAGGGCGAGAACAACGAGAAGACGCUGGUCAACAUCAUCAAGCAGCCGCUGGCCUUCCCGCGUGUCGCGGCGGCCAGCGGCAGGGAGUGGGACGAGCACCUGCGGGCGCAGGACCUCAUGACCCAGCUCCUGGCCAAGAACCCCAAGAAGCGGCUGGGCGGCUGCACGGGGUCGGCCGAGGUGAAGAGGCACGACUUCUUCAAGGGCGUGAACUGGGCGCUCGUCAGGUCCGUCCGGCCCCCCGAGGUGCCCAAGCCGCUGGUGGUGCCGGCGCCCGCGCCGGCGCAGAAGAAGGUGCUGAUGAUGAGCAGGAAGGAGCGGCAGGAGCCGUACAACUACAACCCCCGGUCCGACGAGCGCUUCGAGUACUUCUAG